UUCGCCGUCCGUCCGGUCUAUGCGAGGCGCUGCUCGUUGAACCGAGGAGAUCGGCGUGCGAAAUGGACCCGGGAACGCGCGAUCUGGGGCAACGAUACUGCCUUCGACGCCUACUUUCACAGCUCUGUGUGCUGAUUACGGUCUCAGUCAGUGCGUUGGUCGUUUAAGCACCAUCUACCGUCGCAGCACAGCUUUUUGUGAUCUUGAUCUUGAGGCUGAUGGUAGCCGGUGAGGCAGCUUGUCUCGGCCACCUCGAUGUGAAUCGACGGAUGGCCUCAACAUGGACACUGCCACAGCAAACCUAGAGAUGUGUGGCUAUGAAUAUUUGGAAUGGCCUGCUCGCCUCAACUCAGGCCUGAUUUCUCUUUCGCGAGCAGUACAAAUGUUCUCUCAACUCUUCGUCGCAGUCUACCUCGCGCUCUUCACGGCAGCAACCCCACUGACCGUUCGCAAGAACUCGGUGACAGUGUCGCUAGCCCGUCGCAUCAACGUGAUCGGGUCCAAGACGUUUGUGGAGCUCGACAAAGCGAGAGCAAAGUCCCUCAUGCGAAGUGCCACACAGA